CUUUAUUAUGUUCUUCUGGUUCUCUGAGUAAAGAUUAGAAUUAGCCAUCCUCAAAUAUUAUGGACUUAGAGUGGGCUAGUUAUUUUAAGAUUUUCCAGCGUAGUGUUUGGGAAUACUCAGAAAUGAUAUAAUCCAUUGUUACUUCAAGAAAAUAACACUGCAAUGGGGGAGUUGAGAAGAAAUAAGAGUCAAUUAGAAAUGAAUACAGGGCAUAGUUCAGACGAUUACGAACCUUUAACUUGCCUUCUCCGACCUCGAGCUCACUCUACAUCUCAUAUGGCUACUCUGCAGAUGCUCUCCGACCUACAAAAGGUCACAGGCCAAUCGUCAGAUAUAGAAGAAGACGAAGAGGGUGAAAAACACGCUGAUCAAAUUGCAAGUGAAAUUGAACAAAAUACAGAACUAAUGGAUGACACUCCAUUGGCUGAAAAGCUUCGGCUUGAAGCUCUGAGAGAAAUGCCCCAGAAUUUGACAGUAAAACGAACUGUCAAAGUGAAGCUCACAAACACAGUCAGUAUGAAGUCUAAGAGGAGACCAAUGAGUUGUUGGAAACUGUCCAAGUACAGAGUUUGCAUAUUCUUCAGCAGGCUUCAUUUGACAAUGCGAGAUGUAUUUUCAAGCUGGGAACUGUGGUAUUCGAGCUUGAAAGAGAUUGAAGGACAUUUCGGAAGUGGAGUGGCUGCUUAUUUUAAAUUUCUACGAUGGUUGUUUUUGAUGAACCUGUUUGUAUUUUUUAUCAGUUUAUGUUUCGUAGUGGUGCCCAACCUGAUCCAGCAUCGUGCUGCGGCUCAGAACAGGUCGUCAUCAUUAGUCGAGCUGCUCACCUCAGUGCGGCAGACCUCCGUUGAUGACAACUCGUUCGGUGUUGGCAACACUGAUAACAGAUCGGAUAAAGCUGUCUAUGUGCCUUUCAAAUUAGGAAACGUCUUCACUGGUGAAGGAUAUUUCACCAACUCGUCUCUUUACUACGGCUACUACACAAGUUUACGAGAGCUGGAUCCAAAGUUACAAUCAGGAUAUUCUGUUCCAAAAGCCUACUUUAUCACAGCGCUGUUGUCAUAUGCUGUAACGUUUAUCGUCAUAUCAGUUGGAAUGGCGAGCUCGUACCGCAAGAGCUUCAUAGAGACAGCCGGAGGUAUCAAGAAUAUCUACGCUCAUAAGGUGUUCUGCGGCUGGGACUUCAGCAUAGCCACAGAGAAAGCGGCUAAACUCAAGGCGGAGAGUCUUGCCAGGGAGCUAAAGGAACUAAUGGAGGACGACGCCAGAGCAGUGCUACUACAGUUGGACUGGUGGAAUGACUUGUAUGUCAAGAUAAAGCGUUGUCUGGUCUCCGCACUGUUCCUUGUACUGUCAGGAGCUACUGGAUGUCUGGUCUACGCUCUUCUCACUCACUCCUUCCUGGCUAAACUUAACUCUCAGGCGGGCGACGUCAUUGAGAUUGUUUUAGACGAGGAGACGUCGGUGAGCACAGCAGGAGAUUCUAUUGCAAUAUCAUUUGUCAUCACUUCAAUACUGAUACUGCUGCCCAUGCUCUUCUCAUACCUCGUCAGGUUUGAGGAGUACCAUAGGCCAAGAGUGUCGCUGUAUGUUACGAUGGUUCGUACCUUCUUGUUGGAGCUCAUAGUUGUGGCCGUGCUGGUGGUCUUCUGGCUACAGAGGCAGGACUUCCAUUUGUGUUGGGAGACGUCGCUAGGCCAGGAAGUGUAUAGGCUGGUGAUGACCGACCUGCUACUGGCUGUUCUGGCCACUACGCUGGCCGAGACUGUGCGAGCCAGGCUGGUCAGGCGGGUGUGGCCGUCGGUGGCCGCUCCUGCCUUCGACCUCUCCCGCAACACACUCAACCUCAUACACAACCAGACACUGUUCUGGGUCGGCUUCUUCUUCAGCCCGCUGCUCUCUAUGGUCAUGGUCAUCAAAAUGUUCCUCACGUUUUAUAUCAAAAAGUUUGGUGUUCUGAACAACUGUGAGCCAUCGUCCAGGUCUUGGAGAGCUUCACAGACGGAAACUUUAUUUUUGGUUUUCACUUUCAUCGCACUUCUCGGAGUUCUUGUGACCUAUGGCUAUAUCAUCACACGAGUGAACACAUCCGCCUGUGGUCCCUUCCAAGGUAAGACCUACAUGUAUGAGAAGAUCCUAGAGGAUGCCUUCCAAGUGGAGGAAGGAAAUGAGUUCUGGUACUUCCUCAUGUUCCUCACCAAACCUGGUGUGGUGGCGGGGGUGCUGCUGACUAUGUGUGCGGGAGUGUACUAUUUGCGAGCCCAAUCCAACGCCCAGAUGAAGAUGGUUGAGAUAUUGAGAGAAAUGCUCCAUGCAGAGUCUAGAGAUAAAGAGUAUCUGCUGGAGAAGCUGUCGUACUUCACUGGAGGACGCAAGAGUCAAAAGAGGCACUCUAGACUGAGCCAAAACACCACCUAGUCACUCGGAGCCUGCUGAUAGGUUAGUUGUAAACAAUGGUUAUAAUGAUGCUACAGUAAAGUAUUGGUUGCAGGAUGAUUUUGGUAAAACGUCAACAAAAGCUUUAUAUACUGUAAAUUGUGACUUCUCAUAACUAAUUUUGGUUCUUAUGUGGAUAAAAAAAAAAAAUGUUAAAGUACACUCACAUAAGGCUGUACUGUUUAUACAUAUUACUAUAUCACUAAAUUGUAAACCUUUUAAACAUCGGAUUGAUUACUUAACUUCAAACCCCUUACAAAUUAUUCUGAAUGACUCGAAUACAUCUUUUAUUUUCAGUAUCUCUAAUGGCUGUACUGAAUAAGAUUGAAUUGAACAAGAGUUAGAUCUAAACAUCUAAACUUUGUAUGUUCCAUUACAAAAAAUUAAAAAUAAAAUAAAACACACUUACAAUAAUGAGUUCAAGCAUGUUACAAAUUACAUACUGUAAACAAAUAUUGUUCUAAAAAAAUAACAGUGAGCGGUAAAAAUUAGUUGUCCUUCAGACUGUUGACGUUUUCUAUGAAGUAGCAAACAUUGAAAAUCCAACACUUUACUGUAGUUUAAUUAGUCACUACACUACCAUCAGAAGUACCAACACUUAAGUAGUUUUUACUCCAUGGCAUACUUAAGUCGAGAAGAAUGCUCAAAUACUUGCAACUUUGCUUAAGAUGUUUAUUUUUUAAUAUGAAAAUUAUAGUGAUUAUGGCUACUAUUUUUUAAAUAUAUAAAUACAUUAGGCCUAUAGAAAACUAAGUACCCUUAAAAUAUAUUUUGGAAUAAUAAACGGUAGAACAGCAGGUAAGCAAAUGCUGGUGCACAUACACUUAAUUCCAAUUACAACCAAUUUUUUCCAAUUAAGAAUAUACAUAAGACUCUUGCCCCCUAAGUUGCAAACACUGAAAUAAUUGAACUGGCACUUGUUUACACUACAAAAGUUAUGAUCUUUCUGGAAAAAACAUUAGAGAAACCAAACUGAAACAGGUUUUCUAAGCAAAGUUGCAACAUGUAAUAGAGGCCUAAGAACUCAUGAAUGUUACCAGUUACCGAUACAGAAGUAGGCAUAAAAUUUAUAUCUGUGAUAGGAAGUAACAAUGAGGUUGAAGAUGGAAACUGCCAAGUAUAUGUGAUAGAAAUAACUGGUGUAAAAAUAGUAAGGAUUGUUUUUUCAGAUUUUAUAAAUAUUUAUUUAUAGGUUUUUUGUUACAAACUAGUAAACAAUUUUAUUUUAUGUUGACAAUUUAGUAUUUAUUUGUGUUAAUAUGCAUGUUUAAUUAAUAAUUGUCUCCUGAUUUUCUAGGU